UCUCAGCCCUGUUCUCUAAAAUAUUAGGGUCAAGAAGUGAAAUUGUUUGCUUCAUUUUAUAAUUGUAGGUCAAAAGGAACACUUUGGUUUUCUGAUAUUUGUGGAAUGUACAGAAGCAGCAGAGGAAUGGAGAAGACACGUCUGCCCAAAAAUGAGAGUGGCAAAUGGGACUGUAGCAGCUUCAGCUUGGGAGAAGAUGAUGACCGAUAUGCAUGUGGAUUUCCAUGGGCUCCAAAGUACUACACUUGUAGUUUCUGCAAGAGAGAAUUCAAGUCAGCUCAGGCUCUUGGAGGUCACAUGAAUGUUCAUAGGAGGGAAAGAGCUAGGUUGAGGCUGCAGUUGCCUUCUUCAUGGGUCUGUGAAUACCAUAACCCUAAACCCAACUCAAACCCUAACCCUAAUUUUUCAUCUCCUUCUCAUCCAUACAAUGUCCAUCUCUCCUUAUUUUCUCCAUCAGUCCCUUCGUCUUCUUCUUCAAUGCCAUGGGAAAAGGGAAAAAUCCCUUUAGUUGUUCCUCAAGUUGGAGAUCUGACGGAAGGGAAGACGAAGAUAUCACCUCCUCUAGAGCUUGGUGGGGUUUCUGGCAUGAACAUGGACAAAGAGUUCAAGGAUGAUCCAAAGGAAGUUGUGGAUUUGGAACUUCGACUUGGGUGUUUUUAGGUGCAAUCUUUUUCAGCUUUUCACUUUAAUGUUGGUUUCCUUUCUUCCAUAUGCAUCAUAUCUAUCUAUGCUUUCAUUUCUACUUUUUCUUUUCUCCAUGUUUUGUGAUAUGCUUAAGAAUUCAUCAGGGAAGUAAACAAAGUAAGAAAAGCUGCAAUCAAAAUUUGCUCACUUG